UGUUCUUCAUCAAUCAAUGAAAGAUCCUCGAAGCCAGAAUGAACAGCCACCUCUCACCCGCAGAUCCUGCCGCAAUUGCUUUCAUCUCUUUUUCGGGCGGGUGGUUGUUGCUAGAGACCCCGGCCCGGAUUGGGUGCGGACGGUCUUGCUUGGACCCUGUAUCCCCGAUAGACACCCAGGAAAUCCGUACUAAAUUAGUGACUCAGGCGGGCUUCCCCGCACCGGAGACCCUGGGGCCCCGUCUUCUGUGCUCCUCGCGCUAGGGUGCGCAGCCACCUUGAGUCCCGCCGAGCGGACCGGCUCCGGAGGGACGCGAGGGGGCCGGGGUGGGCUGGCCAGGGAGAGGUCACCAACCAGGCCCGCCCGGCUCACAUGACCAGGACCCACCCACCCCGCAGGACAGACUCCGUCACGUGACGGCGGAGCCGGCGAACGUUUUUCUCACGUGACGGAGGCGCGGGUGUGUGCACCAAUGAGGAGGCGGGGGCGGGGCUGCCAGGGGCGGUGCGCGCGAAGGGAGCCCAGGGCAUCUGCUGCGGGAGAAAUCCGGAGGGGAGCCGCGAGCUGUGAUACGUUUGGGGACCCGCCGCCGGCCAGCCGCCAGUCUCAGCCCGGUCGCAGACCAGGCCCAGCCUCUAUGCUGGGGGCAGUAUGAAGUGUCUGGUCACGGGCGGCAACGUGAAGGUGCUCGGCAAGGCCGUCCACUCUCUAUCCCGUAUCGGGGACGAGCUCUACCUGGAGCCCCUAGAAGACGGGCUCUCUCUCCGGACUGUGAACUCCUCUCGCUCUGCCUAUGCCUGCUUCCUCUUCGCCCCCCUCUUCUUCCAGCUGUACCAGGCGGCCACCCCUGGUCAGGACCCACUGCGAUGUAAGAUCCUGAUGAAGUCGUUCCUGUCCGUCUUCCGCUCACUGGUGAUGCUGGAGAAGACCGUGGAGAAAUGCUGCAUCUCCCUGAAUGGCAGGAGCAGCCUCCUGGUGGUCCAGCUGCACUGCAGAUACGGGGUGAGGAAGACCCACAACCUGUCCUUCCAGGACUGCGAGUCGUUGCAGGCUGUCUUCGACCCAGCCUCGUGCCCCUACGUGCUCCGGGCCCCAGCAAAGGUUCUGGGGGAGGCUAUCCUGCCCUUCCCCCUUGCACUGGCCGAAGUGACUCUGGGCAUUGGCCGUGGCCGCAGGGUCAUCCUGCGCAGUUACCAGGAGGAAGAGGCAGACAACACUGUCAAAGCCAUGGUGACUGAGAUGAGCAUUGGGGCGGAAGAUUUCCAGCAACUGCAGGCCCAAGAAGGGGUGGCCAUCACUUUCUGCCUUAAAGAAUUUCGGGGGCUCCUGAGCUUCGCAGAGUCAGCAAACUUGUCUCUUAGUGUUCACUUUGAUGCUCCGGGCAGGCCAGCCAUCUUCACCAUCAGGGACACUCUGCUGGACGGCCACUUUGUCCUGGCCACGCUCUCAGAGCCGUCCCCGAACUCCCAGGACCUGCAUUCCCCGGAGCUCUGCCAGCAAGCACCUCAGGUCCAGGCUCACAGCACACCCCACCUGGAUGACUUUGCCAAUGAUGACAUUGACUCUUACAUGAUCGCCAUGGAAACCACUGUGGGCAGUGAAGGCUCACGGACACUCCCGUCCAUCUCCCUCUCACUCGGCCUCCAGCCCCCCUGUAACUCUGGCCCCCACUCAGAGGAAGAAGAUGAAGCUGAGCCCAGUACAGUGCCUGGGACCCCUCCACCCAAGAAGUUCCGUUCGCUGUUCUUUGGCUCCAUCCUGGCCCCGGCGCACUCCCCCCAGGGCCCCAGCCCUGUGCUGGCUGAAGACAGUGAGGGUGAAGGCUGAACUGAGAACCUGUCUGUGUCCAAAGGCCCUGGACUAGAUGAAGCCACAGCUUCCCAUUUCUCCUGGCGCCAGCCAGGGGCAGGGCUGGGUCUCCACCUUAGCAGGUGGGCUGUGUUGGAGCUGCACUGGCUGGAACUGCUGCGUCCCCAGAUCCCACCUGGCUAUUGGUAACUGGCCUGGGUCCUGUCAUCUCCCCCCAACACCAACCAAUCAUGUCUACUUCCAGGCUUGGCACGGAGGGGAGGUCCACCUGAUGGGAGGCCCUGCACCUCCUAUUCCAACCGUGUAGCCAGGGCUGGACACCCACCUUCCCCAAGGGAAAAAAAAAAUAUCAUAGUGGGGCUGGGCUGCUGGUCCCUCUGAUCCACCUUCUCUGCCAAUCAUGCCAUCUCACCCUCAAAUCCUGGGCACACCUCUGGGGUCCCUUGUGGCUGACAGACUGUUUUUCUUGCUUUCUCGAUACUCCCUGGCUUGGACUGCUACAGCCCCUAUGACCUUAACGUGUGGCUGAGGUUGCCCUAGCUGAGACCUUAUGCCUGGCAAGCCUGCCCUCCCUGGGCAAAAGGAUGCCAGACCCAGUGUUUGGGACAAGGGAGAGAGAGGCCAGGGUGAGAAUCCAGCUUUGACCUUUAUUCAAGAGACCAGAAGGGUUGCCCAGGAUCCGGCUGCCAGCCCUGAGGCCAAGCAAGGCUGGAGACCCACAAUCUGGCCCUGCUUUGCCCUGAGCUGCAGCCUCAGCCCCAGGAUCCUGCUUGUAGCCACCAAGGCACAGGCAGGGUGAGCGCUGGGGGACUGGACGCUGCUACUGAUUCAUUAAAAAAAAAA